AUGCUCCGGGAGAUCCUCCUCCGCCUCCCCCUGGACCUAUACUCGCUCCCCCGCGCCUCCGCCGUCAGCAAGCAGUGGCGGGGCAUCCUCGUCGACCCCAAGUUCCUCCGCCGGUUCUAUGCGCACCACCGCAAGCCGCCCCUCCUCAGCUUCUUCCAGCGCGGCAGGCAACAGGUCAUGUUCACGCCCGUCCUCGCACCUCCGGACCGCAUCCCCCCUGGGCGCUUCUCCCUUGGACGCUACAGUGAACACAAGGUGCUCGAUUGCCGCCACGGCCGCGUCCUCGUCAAAGACCGGGUUCUGGAAGAGCUCGUUGUGUGUGAUCCUAUCAACCACAAGCAGCACCGCGUGUCCAUUCCGCCCGAGUUCAACAGAGCCUACCUCAAGGCGGCAGUGGUCUGCGCUGCCAGAGACCAGAACCAUGUACACGGCGCGUGCCAUUCAAGCCCCUUCAAGCUGGUCUUCGUAUACAUUCACUACAUGCAGUAUUAUCGACAACUCGUCGCCCGAGUUUACUCGUCCGAUACUGACACAUGGGGCAAUUCCAUCUCGACAGAGGCUUCAGAUGGCACUCUAUUUGGUCACAGAACUAGCACCCUUGUAGGUAAUUCCCUGUACUGGCCGGCUAAGCAUAAGGGAAACGACAUAGUUGAGUUUGAUUUGCGCAAGCAGAACCUUACCGUGAUCAAGGGGCCUCGUGGUAUGAAUAUGAAUGAUUUCGACAACUUCCAUAUCAUUGAGGAACAGGAUGGCGCUUUUGGUCUUGCCGCCUUGUCCCACCUUAAGCUUCAAAUGUGGCAGAGGAAGGUUGAUUGUCGAGGUGUUGUCAUAUGGUCGUUGCGGAAAACCGUUUCACUGCGUGAACUUCUUAAGAUCCCUAGGACCGUGAGAUGGAAUGAAUGGCUCAAAUUGGUGGGGUAUGAUGAGGAUACCGGUGUAAUCUUUUUAGCUUGGCAUGAUGUUGUAUGUAUGGUUCAGCUGAAGUCAAUGCAAGCGAGGAAGCUUCAUGGAACCGGUUCUACAUAUUACUGCUAUACUUUCGCGAGUUCACAUCCACUAGGCACAACCAUUGAAGGUGGAGCUAAUGGAGCUGAAAUGUUAGGAUGA